AUGGCUUCCACCGUUCCUUCGCUUCAAGCUUUCUUCGUCCUCUCUUGGACUCUUCUCCUUGCCACAGAGUCACCACCGCCACCUCCAACGGCUUCGCCGUCGACGUCACCAGCGCCGACCUGCACGGACGAGCUUGUUUUAUUUUCUCCAUGUCUUUCUUACGUUGCAUCUCCGCCGAACGACCUUGCCGACGCCGCCUCCGCUAACUGCUGCAAUGCUUUAUCCGCCGCCGCCAAAUCGGGCACCGCCGUUUGCUUCUGUUACCUUCUUCAGGAACCUCCGAUCCUUGGCUUUCCUCUGAACAGUACGCGACUUCUUUCACUGUCUUCGGAUUGUCCUCUUGCUAAUCUGGAAUCUGCUAGGGCUCCGUCAUUCAAUUCUCUGUGUGCAGAAUCGCCGGCUCUUCCUCCUCUGGACAACUCUGCAACUUUAGGGCUCACAGUUCCUUCUACUUCUGGAUCAAGAAGUGGGGCAUCUUCUUCCCAGGCGAUAAUCCCAACCAAAGGAGGUGGUGGCAGCCGAGGUGGCGGUGGCGGUGGCAGAGGGGGCUCCUCCAGUAGGCGUGGCGGAAAUGGGUCAAGGGCGAACAGAGGAGGGAGUCUGGAGUGA